CCAGCACCCUGCACUACUCUAGAGUCGUCCCCCCUCCUCACAACGAUCCGCCAUAUCCAUCUCCACCAUGGCUUCUGAUUUGAACCUCGCCGCAAAGGCGUUCAAAGGUCUACACAGGCCAAAUCAACCCGUUGUUCUUGCAAACGUAUACGACGGUAUUUCCGCAAAAACAGUCGCAGCACUUCCCGCUUCGAAAGCCAUUGCAACUGCAAGUUGGGCGAUUGCUGAAGCCGCCGGUGUCCCUGAUGAGGAACUCACCCUCGAAGAAAAUAUCAGAGCUACCCGGAUAAUCGCGACCGCAAUUAAAGGAAGCGGAAAGCCGCUGAGCGUCGAUUUACAAGAUGGAUACGGUGAUCAGCUUGAAGACGCCAUCAAACAGGUCAUUGGCGCUGGCGCCAUUGGUGCCAACAUCGAAGACUAUGAUAACGCGAAUAAGCGACUCUACAGCGCCCACGAUGCGGUAAACCGAGUCAAACACGCCCUAGCCAUCGCGGACGCCCUGGGCGUUCCUGAUUUUGUGGUUAACGCCAGAUGCGACGCCCUGGUGUAUGGUGGGACGAUUGACGAAGUCAUCUCACGCGGUCAGGCAUUUCUUGCUGCUGGUGCGACAUCGGUCUUUGUUUUGGGUCCUCUAGAUCAGGCGCAUCCUGGAGAACUCACAAGGGAACAGAUCACGAAGCUGAUUCAGGCGUUUGAGGGCCGUGUGAAUCUAGUACCUGGGGAAAAUACUACCAAAGAACUCGCUGCUCUUGGGGUUGCUCGAAUUAGCGUCGGGCCCGACCUUCAGAUGGUCGCUAUGAAAGCGCUUAAGAAGGAGGCUGAGAAGUUCCUCGACGUUUGAUACAAUUAUCUCAGAAUCUUAGUGUACUCUCGUUUUGUCCGGCGAUCUCAAUGGUUCUCCCGACAUAUUCC